AUGGCUUGGAUGGCGUGGGAUAAUGUGGUAGUGCCGAUUGAGUACGGGGGCUUGGGCUUCGGUACACUAAGGGACACAAAUGUAGCUAUGCUUGCAAAAUGGUGGUGGAGUACAUUAAGGUUUGGGGUAUUACAUAACGGGUCUUCAUGGGUCUGGGAGUGGCGACGCCAGUUGGUUAGCGCAGAGGAACUGCUGCAGUUUCAACAAUUAAACGAUCUCCUGCAAGGUUUUUUACUCACAUCGGGUUCGGAUAGAUGGCUUUGGAACCUGGACCCAGCCGGUCAAUUUAAUGUGGGCAGCAUGAAGAGGAUGAUCAUUGAGCUGAACCAGACUAGACCUGAUUACAUAGUUAAAUGGAACAGUUGGAUACCUAAGAAAGUUGGAUUGGUGGCUUGGCAAGCUCAAAAAGAAAGGUUGCCGACCCGAGUUGCAUUGUCCAAAAGAGGUAUUGCAAUUCAAUCCUUGGAUUGCGUUUUGUGUGGUGAGUAUAGUGAAGUUAGCGAUCAUCUUCUGGUCUCAUGUGGUUUCGCUCAGAUGCAAGUAGUGUACCGGUGGUGUAAAAUGCAGCCGAUAAUUGCCUUUAGUCUCAAGGAUAUUCUUGAGUCCUAUAAGCAGUUUGAGGGCUCGGUGAAAAAAAAGAAAGCGUAUCAUGCGGUUUGCUUGGCUACUUUGUGGAGCAUAUGGAGUAUGAGAAAUGAAUUAAUGUUUUCAGGGAAGGGGAAGUCACCUACUGCCAUUGUCAAAUAG